GGCGGUGGCGGCCCCAGCGCGCCUGCGCGGCCAUGGCGGCGGCCUGCGCCGGGAUGGAGCCGGCGGCGGCGGCGCCUCCGUCCCCUUCUGCCCCCACCGCUCCUUCCCCUCCUUCCCCUUCUUCUUCUUCUUCCCCUUCUUCUCCUUCUCCUCCCGCCGCGCCGGGCUCGGCCGAGCUGGUGUGCGCGCAGGGCCGCAACCUGAAGGCGGUGCUGUGCCAGCGCUGCGGCUCCAGGGUGCUGCUGCCCGGCGCCGCCACCUUCGCUCGGCGGGAGCUCCUCCUGCCCGCCAUGAGGAAGAAGGCGGUGGCGGCGGCAGCGAACGGCGGGGACGUGGUGCGGGAGCACUGGCUGGUGCGCGACAUGUUCUCCUUCGAGAACGUGGGCUUCACCCGCGACGUGGGCAACGUCAAGUUCCUGGUGUGCGCCGACUGCGAGGCGGGGCCCAUCGGCUGGCACUGCCUGGACGACAAGGACAGCUUCUACGUGGCACUGGAGCGCGUGGCCCACGAGUGACAGCGGCGAUGCGGCCUGGGCUGGGGACGGGGAUGAUGAGCACUGGCUGCCAGGAAGCCCUGCAGCCCAGCCGCCCUGCUCCGGGACAACUCGAGGGGCUGAACUGAAGCCCAGCUGGGUGAACACUGCUUGGCCGCCCUGCGCCUGACUGACCACAGCCUGGCUACACCACGGCUUUAUUGACUUACAGCCCUGCUGGCUGCCCCGGCCCAGGGCACUGAUCCAUAAACUAACCAAGAAACGCAGCAUCAGCACAGCUGGCUCCUCACCAGAGCCUACAUGGGGAGGGUGUCACUGGUGGGAGGUCCCCAGUGACCCGCAGGGACAGCUCACUGUGACAGUUUCACCAAGUAGCUUGAUCUGCCACUGUUGCUAGAAGCGGUCCCAGGCCUUCUUGGCUGCUCUCUGUCACUUCUUCCUUGUGUGGCAGCUGUUUCCGUGUGGUAGGAUGUCUUUCAGGCUGAUUGGUUUGUCUUACAAAUGUGGGUGCUGGCACAAGGGCAAGAGGAGAUGAGGACUGCUGUGUUGAAUCAUGGUGGCAGCAUAAAUUGUCUAAACCACAGCCAAAGCACUUGUAGGGUUUAAGGCUGUAUCUUCCGUUGAUUUUCAGAGAUGUACCCUGCCCCAAACCUUAACAUUUAGGUUCUCUAAAACCUCAUCCUACUUGACCGCUGUAACCUGUAAGAGUACGUGGCACCUAAAGUGUGUGUAAGGCAUUUUAACUAACGUGAUUAUAUCAACUGAGUACUUGGAAAUAAAAUAAGAUACAGCUAGAGCUCGCUGACAGAGUGGCAAAUAAAGAAAGUGCAAGUCCGUGGUAUGUCCAGGAAGGAAGAGUGAAGAGAUUCCAUCCUGAAAAGGAUUUGAAUCAUUGGACAAGCAGCGUCUGAUGACCGAGUGUGUCAGUGCUGAAGAAUGUCAAAACAGCUGUGUGCAUGUUAAACAGAUGUCAGGAGACGAUUCCUCUUCUGUAAAAGCAGCUGGCAAGAGCAGUGCUGGGAUAUUGCGUCCAGUGCUGGCCUCUCUCUUUUAAAAGAUGGGCACAAAGCUGACUGAAAACGAGGAGCCUGCAGCAGGCACGGUUCUGUCUUUUGGCAGUCACGGUCCAGUUCGUGUUCUCGGUUUGCAAACUCUUGUAUGAAUAAGGGAGCAGCUUUGCAGUGGUUGUAUUGAGGCACGUCUCCAGAGAACAUGCCUUGCUGCAGGAGGUGUAUCAGUAUGCUGUGCUAAUAAACACUUCUGGUACUGAC